UCAAACCGCAGAUUCAGAAAACUAAAAUUCAGACUUGGCCAGUCUGUCUUGCCUAUUCUUGGACAUCUAAAUAGGCAUGUCUGCCACCGAUUUCGCCCCCACAGUGAACACUGUGGUGGAGGACCAUUCGAAAGAACUCUGGGAGCUGAGUCGUUUCUUGUUCGAGAACCCCGAGUUGGCAUUGGAAGAAGUCUUGGCUCACGACAAACUGUGCGAGUUCCUCGAACGGAAAGGCUUUUCUGUACAGCGGCAGUACUGCUUGCAGACUGCCUUCAGGGCGGAAUUCGACGCUCCAGCGGGAUCAAUUGGGCCGUGCGUAGCUCUGCUCUGCGAGUACGACGCCCUCCCAGAAAUCGGUCACGGCUGCGGGCACAACCUCAUCGCCGAGGCGUCCAUCGGCGCCGCUCUCGCCGUGCAGGAGGUGAUGCAGACAUCCGAGGACUUUCGUGGAAAGCUGGUGGUCCUAGGCACUCCAGGCGAAGAGGGCAAAGCCGGCAAGCAGCUGCUCAUUGACCAUGGUGCGCUCGAGGGCAUCAAAGUGGCCAUAAUGGCGCACCCGUCUCCCGCCGAUAUCGUAACGCCUCUUUUCUCAGCGUCGCAAGCGCUUGAAGUGCGUUUCAAGGGCAAGCCUGCCCACGCGGCAGCCUACCCAUGGGAAGGUGUGAACGCCCUGGAUGCUGCAAUAUCGUCUCUCGUCAAUAUCGGUCUUCUCCGCCAGCAGUGCAAGCCCUCAUCGUGGAUUCAUG